UUUCAGAUAUGAGCGUGCUAAACUCUCAUUACCAACUUCGGCACUAAAAUUAGCGCUGUUGAGGAUUUCAGAAUGAUAUUUUCGACAAUGUUGCUGCAUGGAAAUGCUGCAGCAUUAUAUUUGAAGAAGUCACGUCCGUUUUUCCGGAUUGGUUUAUGUAUAGUUUUGUUAGGUGGAAUUUUAUCUCUUUCUAAAGUUAUUUUUGAAUUCUUCUCGUUAACCGGUUAUGAUUUGGCGCGAUUUGAAUUGUGGCGACUACUUACACAUUUUAUUAUCGAAACCAAUAUUUUUGCUUUCAUUUUACUGGUAUGGAAUCUUCAUCAGGUGGCAUCAUUAAUCGAGCCAAGCUGGGGCAUAUUCGAAACCAUUAAAUAUUUAAGCAUCGUUCAGAUUGGAUCAUCACUUUUAAUCGCGAUUAUGGCACUACUAACAUUUGUUGUCACAGCAAAUGACACCUUUUUCUUCCGGACGUGUAUAUUUGGUUUACCAUCUGCUUGUUCCGCCGUUUGUGUUGCCGUAAAACAAUACCUGCCAGAUUCGAUACUUUUGACGACACCGAUUGGACGUAUCAAAAAUACUCAUCUUCCUUCUUGUAUUCUUGUUUGUGCAUCAUUCUUGGUUGGAUUUGGCCUUCUUCGUUGGGUCUCGUUGCUUCAGAUUUUAUUUGGUAUUCAGAUAAGCUGGAUUUAUGUACGGUUUUUGCAACCACAUGAUGGUGAACGAGGGGAUCCCAGCGAACAUUUUGCGUGGGCAACUCUAUUCCCGUCGAAGUUACAACCAUUAAUGAGAAUCCUAUCAUCAGCAGUUUAUAGUUGCUUGAUACAAGUAAAUCUAUGUAAACCAGUGGCAAGGCAUAUCGAUCUAACGCAGCUUGAUUCCAUAAAUAUCAUUCUUCCUGGUUUACAUACGAGAGAUACGGAAAGAAGGCGGCAAAAAGCGCUACGUGACUUGACUGAACGUUUAAAUCGAGUACAGCAAGCUGAAACAGGUCUGUGGCCAGAAAUGGAAGAUGUUGAAGAAGAUAUAACGGUUCAGGACACUUCUGCAAUACAACAGCAGGAAGAGUCAAGACCACAAGACUCAGUACGUCUGAUUGAAGGAAUUAAUGCUGAUACGGAAAAAGAAAAAACAAAUACAUAAAAUGCUUGCUUCUGAGCAAGACAAUUCAGCUUUCGACAGACAUCAUUUGGAAUUAAAACUAAGUGGUUUUGGAGCAUUUUUCGAUGUUAAUUAGUUGUAUUGUUCUGUAAUAGUAAUUUUGAGAAAAUACAAGCAUUUUGUUCCGAAGAAUGAUUGAUAGAAAUGAUCGGGAAGUGCUGGC